AUGGCGAGUGACUAUCUGUCUUCUGAUUUUGACCCAGCACUGUAUCUUCAUUCCGAAUUAUCCAAUACUUUACUACGAUCGGAGAUCGAAUUCACCUCAUUCUCCGACGACAUAGAGGCAUUGCAGCAACGUCGCUCAGAAAUUGCAGAGGAAAACCGACGGAACGGCGUUGUGAUACAGAGUCGCGCUUGGAAAUUGUCAGACGUGUUUCGAAGUGAUGACGAUAGUCAACCAUUAACUCCGACGAAAUCAUCGAACCUGCCCAGUUUAAGCCAAGGAAUCAUUAUCGAUAAUUACCUCCCGUCAACACCUCCAGCGGCAAUGGCGCCCUUCAUGUCCACACAAUCCACGAUCACUGCCAGUCCACCAUCGGCAGAUUCCCGAAAGAGAAAGUUGGAAUCAUUAUUGUCUACCGAGGACACAAAACGGCCAAAGACUUCUGAUGGCGCUGCAGAUGACGUAGAUAAUACACCAACAAGCACUUCGGGGAUACGAACGCUAGGCGAAAACGACAGGGUUCCACGGACUAUUGGAGGAUUUAUAGAUGAAGAAGACGAUGACGAGGAUGCAUUGGCAGAGUUUCAGGGGGGUGGCUACAUGACAUACUCUACGCAAGCCAUCACAACCAGAUGUGAGACCGUGAGACCGCAACAGAACACACUCAGCCAGGAAACACGUGGCCCAUUUAUUGACGAAGAUGAUGACAAAGAUGAAGAUAAUUUGGAUAUGUUGAGGGGUUUAUCUACGAAUAACGAUGCGGCUUUACUCCAGAUAAUCUCGCAGCCCACUAGCAUCGAGAAAUCACAGCCUGAUACUACAUCUAUCGAUGAGACUCUACACGACCCUUUCAGAAGCGUCGAAGAAAGCUCAGUCAAUCCCAUCAAUCUACCUUCUGAUCGAAAAGGCCUGAUUACGAUUAGAACAUGCGCAGGGCGAGCGCAUCGAGUAUUCUCCCGAAAAGCCACAAACACAACAUCAUAUGAGAGACUUGUUGCGAGUCGCUCAAAGACGGCAGAAGGCAAGGCUCAACGAAGCUAUUAUGGAAUUGAAAUACACAGGCUGCUAGACGAUGCUGCUUGUGAGCUCAAAAAUGCGAAACAAAAAGAAGCGUCAAUACAUAUCGAGCGCUCUAUUGAAACGCCAAUUUAUGAAACGGGUGGAAAGAAGAAACCUACCCCGAUGUGGACUGAAAAGUAUCGUGCACGGCGAUUUGCAGAACUCAUUGGAGACGAGCGGACUCAUAGAUCGGUUCUGCGUUGGCUCAAAGGCUGGGAUCAUAUUGUAUUUCCAGGCAUUGCCAAGUCGAAGCAUGCUAGAAAUGUGGAAGAAGAAGGCGAAUUCGCGCAUCGAAAAAUUCUCAUGUUGACUGGACCCCCAGGUCUCGGCAAAACCACAUUAGCUCAUGUCUGCGCACAGCAAGCCGGCUACGAAGUUUUGGAGAUUAACGCCAGUGAUGAACGUAGCAGCCAUGUUGUCAGGGGUCGUAUCCGAGACGCAGUCGCGACAGAGAAUGUGAAAAGUAUCAGUGCUGGGGCUGAUUCAAGCAAGGUGAACAGAUCAGGCCGUCCUGUUUGCGUUGUUGUCGAUGAGGUCGAUGGUGUCGUUGGUGGAGCGGGUUCAGGUGGUGAGGGUGGUUUCAUCAAAGCCCUCAUUGAUCUAGUCAUGACGGAUCAAAAGAACGCUGCAGCUCGUCCUAGCCAGAACUCGUUCAGUGGAAGGAAAAGAAAAGGCGACAAUUUUCGCCUAUUACGGCCCAUUAUUUUAAUUUGCAACGAUGCAUAUCAUUCUAGCUUACGACCCCUUCGUACUGCAAAUGUCGCCGAGGUGAUUCACGUUCGACACGUACCGAUGGAGAAUGCCAUUUCACGACUGAAACUGAUAUUGACAAAAGAGAAUAUCCAGUUUGAUGCGGAUGGAGUUCGACGACUUUGCGAAGCAUCAUGGGGCAUGAGUGCUAAGAAGGACCGGACUGAAAGGAAUCGAGGCGUUAGCGAGGGUGAUAUACGAAGCAUUUUAGUUUCCGCAGAGUGGGUAGCACGCAAGCUCCGGGCGGAAACAGCGGCCACGGCUCGACUGACAAAGACCUGGUUAGAGGAUAAUAUUCUCAAUGAUGCGGAAUCUGGUUCUCGAGGUCUAGGAAGAGGUGGUGUUCGUGAGAUCACCGAUCGCGUCUUUAUCGAAGGAGCAGGGUUUCCAGCCGCACCCGUUGGUGCUAAUUCAUUCAGUGACCCUUUUGAUCAAGAACGAACCAAGACGCCCGUUGGUGUUGCAGAACUUCGGAGGCGGCAUGCUUCUUCGAAAUUGCGUGAGAUGAUUGAUGCGAGUGGCGAAUAUGAUAGAUGUGCCACGGACUGCUUUAUUGAAUAUCCUACUCGUACCUACCAGGACGAUACAUUUCUUUCAAAGCCAAAUGCCGCUUAUGAUUGGCUUCACUUUCACGAUAUGAUUUCAUCCAAAAUAUAUUCGAAUCAAGACUGGGAGCUGAAUCCUUAUAUGAGCCAGUCGAUACUUGCAUUUCAUCACUUGUUCGCUGGAAAUGGCAGUUCAUCCAACAAGAAAAAGUUUGAUGAUGAUAAAAAUGAAGAAGAGGAGCAUCCGUUUUCUGGUCCAAGAGCGGAUUUUGCAGCUUUUGAGGCUACGAAACAGAAUACAUCGGUACUCGUCGGAUUUCAGUCAACCUUUUCCGCACCUCUCUUGAGGUUGUUCCGCUCUGUCGAUAGCAUCGCUACGGAUCUUGUACCGAAUCUCAUGCGCAUGCUCUCCCCUGAGGUGAAACCGGUCAUUGUGAGAGGUAGUGAGCAAACCAGUGUUGCUAGUGUCAGGAAGGAGAGUGAAAGAGCGCUUGUCCGAGCAGCAGUGAGAGUCAUGGCUGGCUUGAAUGUGACGUUUGAAAAAAUUCGCAUUGGAAAUGAGGGUGCUCACGCAGGGUGGGCGUACAGGAUGGAGCCACCAAUCGACACCCUCGUUGGCUUCUCCAAGACCAAAGGCACAGUUCUUGAUACUGGUAGCUUGGCUCCUGUCCGCUACGCGAUUCGCCAAGUUCUCGACCAAGAAUAUCGCAAGGAAACUAUGCGAAAACAGGGCGAGACGCUAUUGGGAAUAUCCGGUCCCGGUCGUAAAUCAUCCAAGAAUAAACAGCUUAGCAAUGGUGAUGACAAGGAAAACGUCAAUGGUUCACGACCAAAGGUCGGACCAGAUGCGCCAGGAGUCAAGCGAGAUUUCUUCGGCAGAAUUAUUCGCAACAGUGAAACUGCACCUACGACCACGACAAGCAUUAAACAGCGACAAUCUGGUCAUAAACGCAACUCGAGUGGCAACGAUCAUGACCGUAAGGUUUGGGUCACUUUUCAUGAAGGGUUUUCGAAUGCUGUGCGCAAGCCUAUUACGCUAGCUGAGUUGUUGUCGGAGUUAUAA